GUGGCGGCUGGCAACCUGAAAGAGCUGAACAGUGAGAGCAGCGGUAUCAACGUGGAGGCGGUAGUCCUCGACGGUCCCACCGCGAACGCUGGGGGCGCGAUGGCGCCCGUGCCCAUGGUGCCGCCCGAGGAGCUCCACAGCAAGAACCACGAUGGCAAGCGGGCGCCCAUCGGUCCCAGCACGACGCCGCCGCUGGAGGAGCUCAUCUUGCGAGCGCCCCAGCUUGAGAAGCUCGCGGGCAACUGCGAUAAGGCCAAAGACACGGUGCACAAGGACGGCCUCGCGCAGAUCCAUGACGAAGCGAAGAUGUUCACGGCCGCCGCCAAGACAGACUUCGACCAGGUCUACCGCGGGCUGGCGGAGCAGAUGGCCGUGCACAAGGCCGGCCUUGACCGUAUCAACCGCGCCAACAUGGAGCAGCUUCUCGAGCAG